AUGAUCUCGUUUGAUAUCGUAAACCUAUACACCAACAUCCCAAUACACAACACGCUUUCCAUCCUCUCAGACAUUCUAUACAACCACGAUUCAUUCAGGAAAAACUUCAAACUGAAUCCAAUAGACAUACAAAACCUCUUGAAACUUUUUGACCUCACAACGCAACAAAAUUUCUUCACCUUCAACAGCAAAUACUACCAAAUGCAAGACGGCCUCCCUAUGGGUUCACCCAUCAGUGGAAUUCUAGCCAAUAUUUUCAUUGACCAUCUUGAAAACAAAAUUAAACUACUACCCGAAUUUAACAACAUAGCAAUCUGGAACAGAUAUGUUGAUGACAUUUUUUGUAUUUGGACCGGAACAAUAACAGAAUUACACCAAUUUCACAUUGACAUUAACAACCUUUCCAAAAUUAAAUUUACAAUAGAAAUAGAGCAAAAUAACAAACUAAACUUCCUCGAUUUAACACUUCACAAAGACAACAACCACAUACAUUAUAACAUCUAUCGAAAACCAACCACCACAGACAUAGUCAUACCACAUAAUUCAUACCACUCACCACAAAUCAAAAGAUCUGCAUUUAACUUCCUAUUCAAUCGCCUAAUAUCCACACCACUUAAUAAAAUACACUAUAACGAAGAAUACAACACCAUUUUACAAAUUGCAUUGAAUAACAAAUACAACUUUUCGUUUAUACACAACAUUUAUCGUAAAAUAAAACAACAACACAUCAUUAACACCAUUUUUCCCCAUCAUAACGUUCAAAAAACAUUUAAAGCCAUUACUUAUAACCACACAAUACAUAACAAAAUCAACAAAAUCUUUAACAAACAUAACAUUAACAUUAUCCCAAAAUCUCAACCCACUAUCAAAAAAAUCCUUACAAACAUAAAACCAAAAACUCCGGCACAACAAAAAUCAGGCAUAUAUCAAAUAUUCUGCAACCAAUGUCCCGCCUCUUACAUAGGACUAACAACACGAAGUCUGGGUACCCGAUUUAAAGAACACUCCAAAAACCAACCAAAAUCAGCCAUAGUGUUUUCGUUCACCUUUAUGAUUUCUGCUGAUUGUGAUCAUCCAAGCUACAUAUUUCUAACAUCUCCCACACAAUGUUUCAUUCACCUGCUUCUUAUAUUGUAUCUUGUACUAAUGACGCUACGGCCUGAAGAUGGUAUUGCUUAACGUACCGAAAUCGAUAGCCUAUACAGAAAAAUAAAAACCUAUUAGCUCGA